GGUGAUAAAAUGCAGGAUUACUGGCGAUAAUUGAGAGGAAAAUCACAGAUGAAGUUUUGUGCGUGGGAGAGCUGAUUAUGUAUGCAAAAACGAUAGAAUCGAAUGUUUCGGGGAGAAUUCACGUGAAAAGUUUUAAAAUGUUGUGGUAAUAAGUGGUUUAAAGACUCCCAAAGUAGAUUUGUGGACAAUUGCGACGGUUUGGGGAGUUAUUUUGCGCAAAAGUGACGGAAAAGUUCGCCCAAAAGAAUUCGUUCUGGGGCCAUCUUGGUGUUUGCGUGUGUUAGUGCAAUGUUGAAUUGUAUGUUUUGAAAAAUAUGAGCUGCUGCUGCGUUCCAAUGCGGUGGCUGAGUCACCCAGUCGAAGCCUGCUGAGCCGAUCGUGUCGCCGACGACGGCGGUCACUUCUUGGUGUCGCCAAGUGCCUCCGAAAUUUGACCACUCUAGAACAAGGGUUGCUUCGAUUCGUUUUUUUGUCGGUUCUGCCUCAGUGGCGUUCAGUUCUCGGUGUUGGUAGAAGUGAAAACUUCUAGUUCAGUUCAUUUUUAUCGUCGACUGACCUUGACAUUUCUGAGGCAUUGUUGGAUAGAAAAUAAAAUGAUUUUGUUUUUCGUUGGCACCAGUCGUCGUCGUUGUUGGUGUGCUGCUUUCGAGGUUCUUCGCGAAUAAAAAUGAGAAAUCAAUAACAAAUGAUGCUGAGCUUUGGUAAAAGCGACUUAUCGUGCGCCAGUUGCUACAACGCGCUAGAAAAAGACGAGUAUGUUUCAGCACUCGGACAGGAAUGGCACUCUGAUUGCUUCAGGUGUUCGGUCUGUGAUAUACAUCUCUCGAAUUGGUACGUCGAAAAGGAGGGUCUGCUGUUCUGCAAGGAUGACUAUUGGGCCAAGUAUGGUGAAAGUUGUCAGCAGUGUGCCCAGGUAAUUUCCGGCCCGGUUAUGGUAGCUGGAGAUCACAAGUUCCAUCCGGAAUGUUUUUGCUGUGAUGCGUGCAAAGUUUUCAUCGGAGACGGAGAGUCUUACGCGCUCGUUGAACGGUCGAAACUAUUCUGCGGACAAUGCUACAAGCGGCAGCUGCAGCAUCCGGUGAAGGCGCUGAACCAAUCCACGAGCAGUGCCAACUCCAACGGAACCGAGGUCACGCUGAAGAAAACGCAACACUCGAUCCGACUAGUGGAGAUCCCGUGGUCGAGCGCCCGCAAGGAUGGCAUCCGGCUGUCGGUGGACGAACAUCCGUACGGCAUUCCGGUCCACUCGGUUGCUGGAUGCAAAGGAGUUCGAAUCUCGGAGGUAUUCUGUACCUUCUACGGUCAGAUUGGGAAGUACAUAUUCUCGUGUGUGUCUUCCGCCCUUAACGCUUGCUGUGGGGUGCUUCAUUGUAGAAUCGAUUUGACCUCCGACCUAAUGUCCCUGCACAUUGGCGAUAAAAUUCUGGAAGUGAACGGCACCCCGGUGAAAGAUACCCCACUGGAAAACGUGGAAAAGUUGAUUCAAAACUCGGGCAAAGUGCUGCAGCUGACGAUCGAGCACGAUCCGGAGGCGAUCAACCGUUGUGAGUUGCUAAGUCCAGCGAGCGCCGAAAGCAACUACCAGCUGGAUGGGAAUUGCAACUCUGGAGUUUUACGGGAGCGAUCUUCGUCCCCGAACAAGCUGGACAAGGAGCGGAUAUUCAAGAAGAAGGACGAAGGAUACAUCAGCGGAACGUCUCGCAAGCUGCAGAAGCGACUCAAGGAUGUCAAUUGUAACAAUGCCUCAAACAGUCUCAAGGAGAAGGAGCGUAGCUCCAGCAUGUCCAAGCUGCUGGACGAGCACCACCAGCAUCACAGUGGAGAGUUCUACGAUCUGUCGCGUACAAAAUCGUUCCGCGUCGAGCAGAAAGCUGCUCGAAUAUUCCGCGCGUCCGAUCUCGUCCAGGGAGAGCUACUCGGCAAAGGUUUCUUCGGUCAGGUGUUCAAGGUGACGCAUCGCGUAACCCAGGAAGUGAUGGUCCUGAAGGAGCUGUACCGGGUCGACGAAGAGGCCCAGAAAAACUUUCUCAAGGAGGUGGCGGUGCUGCGAUCGCUGUCUCACCACAACGUCCUACGCUUCAUUGGAGUGUUGUAUAAAGACAAGAAGCUGCACCUGGUGACGGAGUAUAUUCCUGGGGGAUCGCUCAAAGAGCUGAUUCACGACUCUGGGCUGCCGCUGUCGUGGAAGCAGAGGAUCUGCUUCGCGCGGGACAUUUCCUGCGGUAUGAGCUACUUGCAUUCCAUGAACAUUAUACACCGAGACCUGAACUCUCUGAACUGUCUGGUUCGCGAGGAUAGAACAGUGAUUGUGGCCGACUUUGGGUUGGCGCGGAUCAUCAAGCAACCUUUUAGUACGGCGUUUGAGAAGUGCUCCCAGAAUGGUGGGAGUGGAACGCUGGGAAGACGAGGCCGGCCGAGAAGGCAGCGGUACACCGUCGUGGGCAAUCCGUACUGGAUGGCGCCGGAAAUGAUGCGUGGCAACAAGUACGACGAGAAGGUGGACAUUUUCUCGUUCGGGAUAAUGCUGUGUGAGAUAAUUGGGCGAGUUCAAGCGGAUCCGGACUUUUUGCCGAGGACUUCGGACUUUGGACUGAAUCAGGCAGUGUUCAAGGAAAAGUUCUGCGAUCAAUGCCCGGAGCCGUUCUACAAGAUUGCGUUUUUGUGCUGUGAUUUGAACCCGGAUAAAAGACCCUCAUUCGAGCUGCUGGAGAUCUGGUUCGAGCGGAUGGUCCGGCAGUUUGCCGUCGGAAGGACGGUCCCGCUGGACGUUGCCCACGAGAUUGAACAUUUUAAAGGCCUAAAGAGCAACGACUCUAGCAAGUGUACGACCCCGGAUGGGCUUGCAACGCCCCCGCCGAUCGGCGUGAAACCCUCACUCAGUUGCAAGCGUAUAAGUGAAAAUGUGGAAGAAAAGGAAAACUGUGAAUCUGUGCCGGAAAAGGGUACGGACGUGGUGGACUGUGGAAAGCCGCCGCCGCCACCCUCAUCGGCGGCAUCAAAGACAACGAAAGACAACGUGGAAAAUAAUAACAUUACCAAUAGCAAUAGUUCUAGCAGUAGCGUAAACGUAAGUGGUUUCAUCAUUGGAGGAACGGAAAUUCCCAAGUCGCCGCACUUGGGUAAGGACUUUUCGCCAAACGGCGAUCGCAUUAGAGAUAGUAUUAGGGCGCGAAGAAGACAAAGAAUGAUACUGAACCGGGAGAACCAGCGAAAGUCGCUGGAUUCGAGCAGUUUAGUGUUGAAGCUGAGCAGUGCCGAUUGUGGGAUUGUGAGUGCGGACGCGAGUGUUUCGGAACCGACUAGUUUGAUUCAGGUCGAUACGAGUGCGUUGAAGGAACCACCUUCGACAGAGGACAUUCUGAACUCGGUUAGGGAUACGCUCGAGAAGGAUCCGGACUUGACGAGGAGGGACGAUGCUUCACCCAGGACUAAACGAUACGGUGAGAAGGGUUACAUUAUACACUUGAACAAUGGAAAUUUGACUUUGAAUAACGUGAAAGAUCUGGAAGCUUGCUCAGACUUUGACUCGAGCUGUGAUACCAGUUUGAACUAUAUUGAUCUGAAUGGAGGAAGUGCCAAUUGCAGUUUUCAGACACCAAAGUCGAACGAGGACAGCUUUUCAAAGCCGGUUGAGUUUAGGGACGUGUGGUCGGUGCCAGCGGUGAAGGUUAGCGCAGUGCAACCGGAAGCACCCCGACCGGAACAUCACAAAACUACUCUGGAGGACCUGAAAACGCAGCUAGACCUGUGUCGCAAAGAUACGCUUACGCAACAGUCGGAGAAGGAAAAUGUUAAGUCUGAAAAGUUGGACAACCUAGGUAAGGAGUCGAAGGGAAACCGAAUGUUCAGCAAGAUAAAUCCGCUCUCAACAAUAUUAAGUGGGAAAAACAGCUCGUCAGAGAAAGCCCGAGCAAAGAGUCCCAACAAGAGUGGAAAAUGUACACCAAAGUUGUAUCGAGUUAACGAUACUCCAAUUUUUGAGCGACGCAACGUUAGCUCCCCAGUUCCUCCCCAGCUUAAGCGAAGUGAUUCCGGGGAACAAAUCCGACCUCCCAAAUUCGCAUACUCUGACAAAGCCAUGUUCAACUCUAAGCAAAAAAUCUCGCCAACUUCGGACCUGAAACCUCAGUCUAGCUUCGACGAAAGCUCUCCUCCAACUUCUUCUAGCAACAACAGCUAUGCCAUAAGUAAGCUCAAAGCAUCUAGAAAUAUUUUCUCGGACAAGAAUCUCCCGCAAGUGUUUGUCUACCGAACCAAAAAGACACCAACCGCAACGGAUGCCAUAUGUACAAGUAGUAGUAUUAGCAGCAACAGCAGCUGCUCCACCAAGUCCAAACCGUUAGUAGUAGUUGAGAAGCCGCCCACUUACAAAAAGCCACCGAAAGCUGGCGGUGCCACCAGCCACACCACUAGCAGUAGUCUACUUAGCAUAAGCAAGAAUCGUACUUUUCGACCGGUUGAAAGUUCUCCGCGACAUUCAACUUCAAAGUCCCAACCCCAGCAGCAGCAGCAGCAGCACCUAGACAAACCGGUUGAGCGAUACGUGGCCUUAUCGUCUUCGCUGAGUAGCAGCGGUGGCAGUGCUGGCAAUUCCCGCACAGAAUCUCCCUCGCCGACCUGUUUGGGGGCGCGAGCUCGGACGCCGAUUCUUUCGCCGGAGAGUGUCCGAAAGUUGAACGCCCGGUUGUUGGAGACGCGUCGGCAAGUGCCUGCGGAGAACCACGUGGCAAGUUCGACGAGAAGUAGGGAUGGGUCUCAUAAAGUGGUGGUGGGAGCAGCAGUAGCAGCUCCGCUGCACGAUAAGAAGGGUUCCACGACCGUGGUUAAGUCUAAAAGACGAGAAUUUAAGGCAGCAGCUCUCUAAAUGCAGUUUCGUGUGUUGAACGCGUAGAAUUGAAUUGCUUUGACUUUGCAGAAAAAUGUUGUGAAAUUAACAGAAUUUCAGUUCGGGUUGAAAAAAAUCAAGAAAAAAUCACUCAUUCCUCUUAAAUUGAAAAUUAAGCAAUAAAUAUAUCACUCGACCUUUUUUUUUGCAAAUUUCUAGAGGAAAUUGUCGUAUGUUUGGCAUGUUUAAUUAUAUUUCCAUCCAAUUUGCUGAUUUAUUUAGCAUUUUUCUCACACUGAUUGGUUACAUAUUUCUGCGUGUAAUAUAACAUUAAUUUUCAUGAAAUAAUGGAACAUUUAUUUCACAGCCAGUUUUUUUUGCAAGCAGCUGAAUAACUUUUUUUUGCUGUUUAUUUAGUAUAAGUUUUGCCCAAGUGAUUAAUUUUACAACAUUUUUCUGUAUGAUGGUUAGAAAGAUUUAAACAAGUGGGUUUAAAAACAAUAACUAAAAUCUUGAUGUCGAAAUUGAUGGGACUAAACCCGAUGCUCAACAUACUGAAACAUGCAAGCAAAGUACCGUUGUACGUAAAGGCUCUAUUUGUGUGAUGCUUUUUUCACUCAAAUAGAGUUUAAGCAAUGCAAACAAAAUGCUUUAAAUGUGUCAUUUAUAAAUAGACAAGAAAAAACAGUUCAAAUUGUUACUCUCACAUUAUUGGAACCACACACUUGAAAUGUUUGUAAAACGCUAAAACACGAUUAUUUGAACAAAAAUCUCUUUACCGAGCACUGAUUCUCUCUAUUUGGCACUGAUUUUUCUCUCGUCAAUUGUAUCACUCUCCGUUAAACUGUAAGUUGUGAAAAAAGGUUAACAUAGUAAAAGGUAGAAUGUAGUUAAGAUUAAUUAUUUCCUGCAAAUUAGUUUAUUUGUCAAUUUUUGAUAAGGCCGACAAGUUACUAACAAGACUGUGAUAUCGAAUAAAAGUGUAAUGUUUUAAUUAAUGGUGUAAAUUGAUUCAAUCAUGUAACCGAUAAAGUAGAACAGUAACGAGAGGAAACAAACAAAAAAUACAGGAUGGCACACAGUUUAUGCAUGAAAUGUUUCGAGCAACAUUUUUGUUUCGCAUCCGCUGUCACAAAAAAAAAUCCUGAAAAGCGGAAGGGGCCCAGGUCAAAAAAGCAGGGGGGUUGCAGAUUCGUGAGUGCACGGAUUAUGUUGCAACAAUCAACUGUAUAUGUAAUUGUAAUUAAUUUUGUAGAUAGGAAAAGCUCGUAUUGUGAAAAAUUUAAUUAAAAUGUGACUGUGUAACAAGUUGGAAAACAGGACAGUAAAGAAACAAAAAAAAAAUGAAAAAGCUCACGCAGAAGGUAAUAAAAAAUGUAUUUGUGGAACAAGUGCAAAAAUCGAAACAAGCGGAUGUAUACAAAUUUUAAAUUGUAAAUUGUACUCAUUGAGCAGCCGGAAGAAAAAUGGGUUUUAUUGUGUCUCUUUUUUAUGGAUCAAUGGUUCGGAUACAACGUGAAUGCGGCGCUGCCAUUUAUUUUUCAAUUCAGUUUUCGUUAAAUAAAUCAUUUCUGGGUACUUUAUUUGGAAGAAUAAAUCUCCUCCCUUUCCGUGACAUGUGUAACAUUCCGCAGUAAAAGCAAAAAAUAACAAAAUUAUGUAAAGCAAUAGUUGCGAACCUAUUAUGUAAAGUAGUUUGAAUAAUUUUAUUAGAAUCUAUGAUAUUUUCGCGGUAAAGUAUAGUUUAUUUGACAUAUUUUAUAAUACAAAAGCAAACUUCAAAUAAAAGAACAAUUACUAAA